UUACAGCUUCAACGGUUAUUUGCCCAGCUUCUGCUCUUGGACCAGCAGGCUGCAUCUACGACAGACCUUACGGAGAGCUUUGGGUGGAACAGUCAGGAGGAAAUGAGGCAGCACGAUGUGCAGGAACUAAAUCGGAUUCUGUUCAGUGCUUUGGAAACUUCUCUUGUGGGCACUUCAGGUCACGACCUCAUUAACAGAUUGUACCACGGGAUUGUUGUCAACCAGAUUGUUUGUAAAGAAUGCAAGAAUAUCAGUGAGAGACAGGAAGACUUCUUAGACCUAACAGUGGCCGUCAAAGGUGUUGCUGGCUUGGAGGAGGCCCUGUGGAACAUGUAUGUAGAAGAAGAGUACUUUGAAAAUGAGAAUUUGUAUCAGUGUGGAACCUGUGAUAAACUUGUUGAAGCUUCGAAGUCUGCUAAACUCCGCAAGUUGCCACCCUUUCUCACUAUUUCUCUCCUGAGAUUCAACUUUGACUUCGAGAAGUGCGAGCGAUACAAGGAAACGAGCUGCUACACGUUCCCUAUCCGGAUAAACCUGAGGCCUUUCUGUGAGCAGACUGAAAUGGAUGAUUCAGAGUACAUGUAUGAGCUCUUCUCUGUUAUUAUACAUAAAGGUGGCUGCUAUGGAGGACACUAUCAUGUUUAUAUCAGAGAUGUGGAUGAAUUAGGAAACUGGCAGUUACAAGAAGAAGAGGAUAGACUGAUUGAAGAUAACACUUUAAGAGAUACCGAAAAUGGCCAAGAAAUAGAAAAUCCGUUGGCUGUCUUGAAAAGGAUUUUAUCAGAGGAAGAAUCUAAACAAAUUCCUGUGGAUCAAUUAGGGCAGAAAUUUUUGGAGAAAAAUGGAGUGUCCUGGAAUAAGAAAUACAGAAAACAAUGUGGAGCGUUACGGAAGUAUUUGCAGAACCACCCUCAGAUCUUUCAGUUCAGUCCCGAUGAAAAUAAGGUUGGUUUGAAGGAAAAACACAAGGUCCUGUUUAAGUCAGAUUCUCAAGGACAAGAUCUCCAAAGCCCUCCUCAGAAGAACGAUGUCCGGUGGAAUUCAGAAAAAAACCCUACGAGGCAAAGGGACAGCUCUGCUGGUUGCCACUGGUUUGAUCUGAAUGAUUCGAAAGUCCAGCCCAUCAAGGAGAAGGAUAUUGAGAAACAAUUUCAGGGUAAAGAGAGUGCCUACAUGCUGUUUUAUCGAAAAUCUCAGUUAAAGAGACCGCCUGAAGCGCGAGGAAAUCCAAGGUACCAAAUUCCUGAGCACCUUCUGAAUGAAAUGAAUGCUGCUAAUACUGAGCUGCAAAUGAAGAGAGAGGAAUGUGACUCUGCAAACAACGGCGUUGAUUUGCAUCUCCAUUUGAGUUCCUGUUACAAAUUUCACAAUGGGGCUCUGCAUCCUUCUCAUACUUGGAGAGAGAGCGUUGUGGAUUUGACUAUUGAUAGAAGAAAAACUCUAGGAGACCUUCGACAGUCAGUAUUCCAGAUGUUGGAAUCUUGGGAAGGAGACAUGAUUCUCAGUAUUGCCAGGCCUUUACCAGCAGGACUGCAUCUUUACCAGAUACUUGAUGGAGAUGAGAGGACACUGGAUGGCAUUGGGCUGGCUGAUGGAGCAGACAUCUUCGUGUGGAAUGGCAAAGAGGUUGGUGGCACAAAGGUGAUGACGGGCCCUGAUCACGAACCUGUGGUCGUAAACGUUCUUCGUUUGGCGGAGUAUAACGAAGGAGGGAAGGGCCAGCAUUUCACAGAGUCGCAGCACGUCUUCUCAUGCAGCACAAAACUAGGUGAUCUGCGCAGAGCCCUGGCACCAUCAGGAGGAAUCAUCUUAAAAAAUGGCUCGGGACCAGAUGAAGCCAAGAACUGGGAGGUUUUUCUUGAAGAAGAUAUGAGGGAAACGCUCAGAAGCGUUGGUCUCGCGGAUGGAUGCUCAGUACUAAUCUUAGACAGCCAUGACCAGAGCUUCGUGAAUGCGUCAAGUGGCAAUUUGACUGCUUUUACAUAUGACAUCAGCUGGCUCCAGGUUAAAAACUUCUGUGGGACAGAUGAUGAAGAGAAACACGUAAAAAUUACUGCCACGAUUGAAACGGUGAUGUCAGAUAUCAAAAUGAAAGCAAUACGGGAGCUUCAGCUAGAGGAGGAACUAGUGAAUGACAGCUGUCUUAGACCCAUUAAUGGAAAUGGGAAACUUCUUUCUCCAG